AUGCCUGACGGCUCGAGCGCGCUGCUCCUCGAGCUCCUGCCGUCCACUCUCACCGCUCUGCUCGAGCAGCCGCAGCCACUCCCCGCCUGCCUCGCCGGCCGCAUCGCCAGCGAGGUUGCGGCCGGCAUCGCCUUCCUCCACCGCAACAACGUCAUGCACCGCGACAUCAAGCCCUCCAACGUGCUCCUCGACGGGUCGGCGCACGCCAAGGUGGCCGACUUUGGCAUCGCGGCG